GGCGGCGGCGGCGGCUCCCUGGCACUUUCAUGAGCCCGCGGCGGACCCUCCCGCGCCCCCUCUCGCUCUGCGUCUGCUUCAGCCUCUGCCUGGCCGCAGCCGCGGCCCGGGAAGCCGCUCAGUCGGGAAAGGUAAAAACGCAACUGAAACGCAAAAAAAGAUUUGUGCGGUGUAUGGAGAAGGUGCUGUGACUGAUGGAACGCAUCAAAAGUGGUUUGCAAAGUUUUGUGCUGGAGAUUUCUCUCUGGACAAUACUCCGCGGUCAGGUAGACCAGCUGAAGUUGAUAGCGAUCAAAUCGAAACACUCUUGCCCCUGUUCUUUGCCUCUCGUUUUGUUGGUGAAGAUAUCACAGUGAUGUCUGCAUUCAACCUGCUGCAUUUGGUGACAAAGAGCCAGCCAGUAGCCCUGCGAGCCUGUGGGCUUCCCUCAGGGUCAUGUAGGGAUAAAAAGAGCUGUAAGGUGGUCUUUUCCCAGCAGGAACUGAGGAAGCGGCUAACACCCCAGCAGUACCAUGUCACUCAGGAGAAAGGGACCGAAAGCGCCUUCGAAGGAGAAUAUACACAUCACAAAGAUCCUGGAAUAUAUAAAUGUGUUGUUUGUGGAACUCCAUUGUUCAAGUCAGAAACCAAAUUUGACUCUGGUUCAGGUUGGCCUUCAUUCCACGAUGUGAUCAGUUCUGAUGCAGUCACAUUCACAGACGACUUUUCCUAUGGGAUGCACAGGGUGGAAACCAGCUGCUCUCAGUGCGGUGCUCACCUCGGGCACAUUUUUGACGACGGACCUCGUCCAACUGGCAAAAGAUACUGCAUAAACUCUGCGUCCUUGUCUUUCACACCUGCAGAGAUCAGCGGCGCCAGUGGGGACAGCGCAGGGGGCAGCCCGGCCCAGGGCGACAAGACGGAGCUGUAGAGGAGUUGAUGGAAACAAGUGUACUUAAUGCACAGCUUAUUAAAACGAAUUCGAGAGCAUCUAUCUCAGAUAUAUUUUUUCAAAAAUAGAAGAGCAAUUUUAUGCUAUUGAUAUUUUUCUUCUUUUGCUUAAACAGAGGCCCUGGCCAUCAAUGCAUUUUGCUAUUGACUAGAUCGGGAACUGUUUGUAACUUUAGUGAACCUCAGAGGUAGCUUUGUGAAACUUCUUCACAAGCCACUUACGUAGCAUUUGGCAUUACUACAUAGCUUCUUUGGAUUUUUUUUCUCCUUGCUUAAUAGGCAAAAGGUGCUUGGUCUUCAGACAUGAAAAUCAAGAUCUCCUCUGCAGUGCGGAGACCAGGGCUUGGUGGGGGGGGGGUGGGGGUGGGGGCAGGGUGUUGAGACACACGGCCUGGAGGCAUUUGUGCAGAUCCACCUAAGAUAAGGGUGGAGUGAUGUCUUGUGAGACUUCUCAGCUUUGGUGGAAAGUUUGGGCUGAGGUCCUUUAUUCUCCCAAAAAGGGCGUGAAGGUCUAAAGUCUUUCCUUAUAUUAAAUUGUUGCCAGAUCUGAGGGGGCACACUGAGUGUUGUGGCAGAGAAGCAAACAUGACCUCAUUGGUUAGGCCUUUAUUUCAUUUUUAUUUUUCGUUGAAAACAUUGGAAUGUAAGAUAACCGUAAAAUGUUGAGCCCUGUUUUGUCCAAAGUUCACAAAGAAGAGCACCUGCCAUUGCCUUCUGUAAGUCUGUCCCUCCACACCUCAUACCAGCUGCGGCUGGAAGGGCAUUUUGGUGAAUUCACUGUGUAAAAUAAAAUACUGGGAACAACACACUUCAUCAAGGCAGCAGAAGUAAGAGAGAGCAGAGAAGGCUGAGGAGGAAGCCUGGGUACUAGAUGUCCAGUGCUCUGAAGAAGAGCAAGUAAGGAACGGAGCCCAGAGGGGAGGGCGGGGGACCUGUGCACAGGGCAAGGUGACCUCUGGAAGGACAUUGGGGCUUAAAAUAGAAACAGCCAGGAGCUUGCAUCCCACCCUUGACACUAAUCUGCUGUGUGAGGAGGGACAAGCUGUCUAGCCUCUCCAUGCCUAUUCUUUAUGUAUAAACACGACUUAGAAUAUUUGCAAAAUAAUUGACACUCUCAGGGGAAAAUUACUAUAUUGCAAUACAAUGAAGAUCAGUGUUGUAAAAUUAAACUGAUCUGGUUCUAAUUGCCUCAAAGGCCGAAGCCCAGGCAUUUGAAAUGGAAAGAAGCAGAGAGGAGGGUGACUUAGCUGAUUGGUAUGGAAACAGUUGGGCCAAGAGCCAGAAAUUUUUCUCUGUAGCAGUAUGGCUGGUUUUACUCUAAGAAGCUCCGCUCAGUUGCCAUAUAACAUUUAGUCUGGUGGGAUGGAUGUCAUUGUGCACCGUAAGGUUUCUACAGCUCUGAGCAGUGGUGAUAUAUGUUGGUACUGCGGCCGCCAGGCGUGAAGGUAUGGUUUAUGACUGAUAUAUAUUGUGUUUGUAGCCUUGAAUGCUAAUCCUGAAGUGUAAUUUUUAAAAAAUAAAUUUUUUGUAAAUCUUUGAUAGCUUAUGAACACUGACUUCUUUCCUUAUAAGCACCAAGACCAAAAUAAGAAAGAGGAACACCUGACAAUCUUAAAGAAAUAAUGAGAAACUAAAAUGAAAAGUUGUGAUCCAUCGAUGUCAGCGUGGUCAUGUCCACAUCCUUCUGUGUCUCUCCAAACACCUCCUGGUGAGGCUCUUCAUUGUCAUGUGGGCCACAACUUUGAGAUUCCAGAUGCACUAUGCUCUUCUUCCCUCGGCUCCCAGAUGUGUCACCUCAGGCCCUGGGGUCACUCUGGAAUUCGCAAGUUUCACUCCCCUCUAGAAGUGAGACGUUGAAUUUAAGACCCUUGAAGCCUCAGUGUCCAGACUAUCCUAGAAGUCUUUCCCGACCUCACCAAAGGAGUCCCAACAUUUCCCAGCGACCCAAGGAUCCCUAAAGAAGUGGGUCUCCCAGGACAUUCCUGUCCCAGUGUGCGGUCCAUCCUUCGGGGGCUCACGUGGCUCCUGCUCUAGGUGGUGGCCUGCCGCGGGGUCUGCUGGACACAAGCUACAGUGUUGGGGUAGACAAGGAAGAUAAACGGGGGCUUCUCCCUCUCCCCAGAGACUCUGGAUUCUCACUGUUCCUCCAGUUUUAUUGUGAGGCUUAACAUUCCCCUCAAAAAGCUCCUCUUCUAAUGCUUAGUCUUCGUUCAAGGAAAGCCAGUUUUUCUUCUACCACAUUUUCCAGCAUCAACUUUAAGAAAAAUGCAACAUCCAUGGCAAAAAGAAAGUGGGUGUAUGCAUGUGGUUUAAUUUCAGAUUGCUUUUGAGUUUAAGUGGUAUCGAAUUUCAGUGUAUUUCUGUCUUAUGUUAAAGAAAUAUAUUACUAAAACGUAAGUGAGCAAUAAUGUCAGCUGUCGAGCACUAGAUUUAUUUUUGCAGGAUAUGGAGUGCAAUGAACUGAGUCAAUAUGGCGAGGUGUAUGUGAUCUGUGGGAGUUAUGCCAUUUAACAUGGGAAACGCAUGGGACUUUCCCUCUCUGCACUCCAGCCCUCACUGUGCCGUUAGGAGACGCAGGUUUCUUUGCUGGUGUGUAAAAAAGUACGUCCAUACACUCAUGUGGAAUGGAUCUCAAGAAAGCAACAGUACAUAUUGUAUUAGAGAACAUUUCUAUGUGUUUAAACUUUUCACUUUAUAGAUGAAUUUAAACUCUUAACAUAAAUGACAUAGCGAUUUGAAAGCCUCUCCAUGUUAAUUGAAUUGAAAAUGCCUUGCUUUAAAUAUGGAAUAUGAUGAAAGGGAUUAGCAUUUGUUCUGAAGGUCAAAUACUACUUUUGCCUUAGAUAGCUUUGUAAGAAUUUUUCUCCAAGCAAUUCAAAACUUUUGAAAAAUGACAUGGAAUUUUCAUUAAAAACCCUUUUCCUAUGUCUAUUGUAUACAGAAAUUAUGUAAUAAAAUCUCUUUAUAAAAA